AUGAUAUUCACGCGCGCUGUUUCCGCGACCAACUUCCUCGUGGCCAGCUCGGCGCUUGGUUUCCAGGUGUUUGUGUUGUACCCGUGGCACAAGGAGCUGGACACUGGAUUUGCCGACCUAAAGAGAGAGCAUUUGAAGGUCCUCGACGCGGUAGGGACUAGACUGAGCGAACAGCAGCGAAAGACGUUCCUGGACAACUGGAAUGAUCUGAAAAUACACAAGCUCACGGUGUUUAAUAGUUUGCAUCUCAUCGCCGAGAACGCCCCAAAUCCUGGCGAAGCGAUACGCGCCACCAGAGAUGGGAUCGUAGCCACCAAAGGAAACCCGUUUAUUGGCGCCGAGGCAACCGAAAAGAUCGCGGGCGCCUCUUUGUACGCCCGAUACGCCCUGGCCGGCUCGUUCUGCUGUGCAUUCACUCAUGCCGUUCUUACUCCUGUCGACGUUGUGAAAACGCGAAUCCAGCUUGAACCGACCAGAUACAGCAGCAGUCUAUUUAGAUCUGCGCGGCAAAUCGCGUCCCAUGAAGGGCUGGGGGCCUUCUCAACCGGGCUAGGACCGACUGUCGCCGGCUACGGCCUCCAAGGAGCCUUCAAGUUUGGCGGAUACGAGUUUUUCAAGGCCCGGGCUGUCGACUACCUUGGAUAUGAGAAUGCGGCUGAGAGCCGAAGUGCGGUGUACCUCGCAUCGGCCGCAACAGCCGAGUUCUUUGGCGAUAUUGCUCUUUGUCCCUUCGAAUCUGUCCGAAUCCGGCUCGUGUCCCAGCCUACCUAUGCUGGCGAAUUUGCGAAUGCAUUGGUCAAACUGGGGAGAGAGGAGGGCCUAGCAGGUCUAUACUCUGGCCUUGGACCUAUCCUUCUUAAACAGAUCCCUUACACCAUGGCAACUUUCUUGGUUUACGAGAAAGCUACACAGACGGCAUAUUCCUACGUAGACAAGGCAAAAGUUUCCACAGCCGGCGCCACCGGGAUCAACCUCGCCGCAGGGCUUGUAGCUGGUGUUGCCGCCGCAGUCGUCUCCCAGCCGGCGGACACGAUCCUCAGCAAGGUCAACAAGGACAAGGGACCGGCGGGUGAGAGCGUUACUCGUCGCCUGGUCCGUAUUGCGACUGGACUUGGGUGGCGCGGUGCUUUCACUGGCAUGCAGGCCCGUUUGGUCAUGGUUGGCGGCAUGACUGCCGUACAGUUUGGCAUAUAUGGCCAUACGAAAAAAACAAAUGUGUUUGGAGAGAAUGAUAUCGGCCAAGAUCCGAAGAAGGGUAAUAUACCACCACAGCGACAGUUCUGUGGGGGAUUCAUACACAUUACAACUGGUGUCCAGCUGCGUACUGCCAAACUACCACGACGGUUUUCAACAUGGUGA